GGAAAACCAGCCCAAUACAGUACCCGAAAAACCCACUGGAGCAGAUCGGCUACAACAUUUCUGGUGACCCCGUACAUGAUCGAAGAACAUCGUUGGAAGGCGAUUACUCUAUCCCAUAAGAAGUCUGCGGACGAGGUGAAACAAUCCGAGGGAAGUAACGCCCAUUCCUAUCCAUUUUAUAAUCCUUCUUAUUGCUUCGAUUUUGUUCUAAUUUUGUCAACAAUUCAUGUUGAAACUUGUCUUCGGCGACAUUUUGAUAUUCGCUAAUUCAUCUUUAUUUACAUAUUUCCUUAAAAAUAACUACUAAUUUCAUUAAUAACAUUCAUCUAAUACGUAAAUACAUCUAUUUAACUUCAUUUCAUACGUAAAUUUAACAUUUUAUUGCAAAUUUGUUUGUGUCAAGUCAUAGUGUCUACUACUACUACAUUUUACGUCAUAUUUUUAACAAAGUUCCCUAUUAUUUCUACAAAAAUUGUCAUUACUUGUCUUCAACAACAUCUUGGCCGACUAAUUUCAGCUUUACUCCGAGAGAAGUCGGCGGAAACUCGAGAUUUGAGCCCUGACACUACGACGCGUUUUCCAACAAGCACCGUGUCGACGCGCAGUCGCCACGGCCGGCAGUGAUAAGCUGAUAAGAGACAUCGCGCUCGCGCAUCUAAUAAGGUUGUGCAGCGCGCUCGAGGUUGUAUUCAUUCAUUACAUUUUAAUUAAACUUAAACAUCAUUUUAAAGUAACUUCAAGUUCAUUUUGUGUACACUUUGUAUGCAAAAUUAUAUUGAUUAAAAUCUAUUGUUUGCGCCCUAAUUAUGGCUGACUUAAAGGAACUUAUUGCACAGAGAGGACGUAUUAAGGCUAGAAUAACAUUAUUUGAAAGGUUUUUAAAGCCAAUAUUAAAUACUAAAUUGAAUAAAGUUCAGUUUUACGAGUUGACCUUGAGAUUUAACAAAAUAAAAGAUAUUUUAGAUGAUUUUGAUAAAAUUCAAUCACAAAUAGAAUCAUUAGACAGCAAUGAGGAUAUUCAAUUAAUUGAAAGACAAGAAAUUGAAAAUAGAUUUUAUAGUCUUAUAGCACAAUCUCAAGAUUUACUCCAAACAUUUGAAAGUUCAUCUAAGUCUAAUAAUACUUCUCAGACCAAUUCUCAUGGCAACACCGUUAAGUUGCCACCUUUGAAGAUUCCUUCCUUCAACGGAGAUCCAAACAAAUGGUUGGAAUUUAGAGACAUGUAUCUAUCUCUUAUUCACAACAAUGAUACAAUUGAUGACAUCAGUAAGUUUCAUUAUUUGAAAUCUUAUUUGGAAGGUUCGGCAAAGGCUGUCAUAAAUUCAGUUUGCAUUUCUUCUUCAAACUACAACAUUGCGUGGUCGCUCCUUUGCGACAGAUAUGAUAAUAAGCGUCUUUUAAUUAAUGAGCAUAUUAAAUGUUUAUUUUCCAUUCAACCUUUGAGCAAAGAAUCCGAUAAGGGGCUUCGUGACUUGAUCGAUGCAAUUUCCAAAAACUUGAGUGCAUUAGCUUCAUUAGGAGAACCUACUACACAGUGGGACACUCUCAUCAUUUACAUGGCCUCAUCAAAAUUGGACCCAGUAACUUCUAGAAGUUGGGAGGAGUUUAGGGGAACAUUAAAACAACCAGAUUUAGCAAAUUUCUUUGAUUUUCUUCGUCAACGUGCCACUGUUUUAGAAACAAUGCAGGCUAGUAAAAUUGUAAAAUCUGAAAACCGUCAAACAUUUGUAAAACCAAAAUCUUUUAUUGCUUCAUCGCCUCCUGAGCUCACCUCCUUCAGCAGCAAAUGCUUGGCCUGUAAUAAAGAGCAUAAAUUAUAUGAAUGCAAUCAGUUUAAAUCAUUACCUGUUGAUGAGAGAAUUAAAAAGGUUUUUCAGUGGCGAUUGUGUAGCAAUUGUCUUCGUAGCGGCCACAGGUCUUACCAGUGCAAUCUUGGUGGCUGCCGCAUCUGCAAAGGAAAGCACAAUACAGUGUUACAUAAAUCCUUUGUACAUCAUGCACAAAAACAAACACCUAACAAACAAGGUAGUGAAAAUAAUGGAGCAUCUUUAGUAGGUACUAAUACUCACCUCACUCCAACGUCUAAUAACCAGUCGUCGUCUUCUUCUUCAGCAUCUUCUCCUGCUGCCACGCCCAGUACAUCAGCUGCAAAUCCUUCUUGUGUCAUCAGUAUGUCUGCUGUCUCCUCGAACCAGGCUCUUCUGUCUACGGCUUUGGUGAAGGUGACAAACAAUGACGAAACUUAUACAUUGAGAGCUUUGCUGGAUAGUGGUAGUCAGUCGUCUUUCAUAACCGAUGCGGCUAUGGCUAAAAUCGGUAUGACUAAAGUGAAAAGUAACAUUCAAUCCAUCUCUGGCCUAAGCAAUGCCGUCGUCAAUAUAAAUGAACACUGCAAUAUUGUUGUUCAGUCUUCUUAUUCGUCUUUCAAGGCGCCUGUCAAAUGCUUCGUUCUUCCUAUUAUUACAGACAGGCUGCCUCAUGCGGAAAUUCAUGUUCACGACUUGAAUAUUCCGAGCGACAUUCAACUAGCUGACCCGAAGUUCUACCAGCCUUCUGACAUUGAUCUCCUCUUGGGAGCCGACAUCUUCUGGGACGUGCUUGGUUCAGCUAGAAUAAAAUUGGGAAAAAAUAAACCAAUUCUUCAGGAAACCUUACUAGGGUGGAUAGUUGCUGGCUCAAUGGCAGGUAAACAUUGUGACACGCCACAGCCACAGCGUACAUUGUUUAGUAAAGAUAUUCAUCAGCAACUUAGUAAGUUCUGGGAACUCGAGGAAGUACCCAAGGACAACAUUCCUUCAUUUUAUGAUCAUCCUUGCGAAAAGAUCUUCAACGAAACAACUUACCGCGACGACGAUGGGCGAUUUUGUGUCCAAAUACCUCUUCAUGAAUCGCCAGACGUCCUCGGUGAAUCAUACCACAUCGCAGAAAAGAGACUUUUUCAAAUGGAAAAGAAGAUGAGCAAGAAUCUCAACCUACGUGUGGAGUACAAUAAAUUCCUGCGAGAGUAUGAAAGCCUAGGACAUAUGACUGAGGUCGCAGCGCCAUCUCGCGGUUGUUUCCUGCCACAUCAUGCUGUAACGAGGGAGAGCAGCGAGACCACUAAACUUCGAGUGGUGUUCGACGCCUCGGCCGAGACCACAACAGGUACAUCUUUCAACGACAUACAACAUGUCGGCCCUGUCGUACAGGACGACUUGUUUUCCAUCUUGCUACGGUUUAGACAACAUAGAUAUGUCGUUUCGGCCGACGUGGAGAAAAUGUACCGGCAAGUGCUGGUACAUCCCGAGCAGCGCCCCCUGCAGAUGAUUUUGUGGCGUGCAAGUGAGCAUCUUCCUAUUAAAAUAUUUCAGCUUAAUACCGUCACAUAUGGUACGGCUUCAGCGCCCUUUCUGAGCACAAGAUGUUUAUUGCAAUUAGCCAAAGAAUGUCCCGACGACAAAAUAUCAGAAUUAAUUCGAUCCGACUUCUAUGUAGAUGACUUUCUUUCAGGCUGUGACUCGGAGAAGGAGCUGAUGCACAACAUAAAUAAGGUGACCGAAAUUCUUCAUUCUGCGUGCUUCCCAUUGCGGAAGUUUCGUACAAAUGCUCCUUGUAAUUUCAUAAAUAAUCAGAGUUCCUUCAUACCAAAAGACUUAGAUUUAUCUUCGCAAUCCAGUGCACUAGGCCUCAAGUGGGACCCGGUCGCUGACGUCUUUAUAUUUCCUACUAAUGUGGAAUGUCCUUCUGUUGCUACAAAGAGAACUAUUUUGUCAAAUUCUGCUAAGUUGUUCGACCCUCUCGGCUUAUUAAGUCCAUGUACCAUCAUACCAAAAAUAAUUCUUCAGAAUUUAUGGCUUGAGAAACACGAUUGGGAUGAUGAAAUUCCUUCGAAUAUAGAGAAAAUGUGGUUAAACUUUGUUUCAGGUCUAAAUGAUCUUUCUUCUCUUCAAGUUCCUAGGUGGGUCCUCAGCGCGGAUCCUUCUAGCAUAGAACUUCACGCGUUCAGCGAUGCGUCUCAAAACGCAUACGCAGCGUGCGUCUAUUUACGCUCAGUAAAUGACACAGGAAAGGUAGUAACUAAUUUACUUUGUGCAAAGACUAAGGUCUCUCCUGUGAAACCUCAAACAAUCCCUCGCUUAGAGUUAUGCGGAGCGCUUCUUGCUGCUCGUCUAUCCGCGAAAGUACUAAAGGCUCUAAGAUUAAACAUUGACAAGAAAUUUUAUUGGUGCGAUUCAUCUGUGGUCCUAGGUUGGCUAUCUUCUCAGGCUCGCGAUUUGAAAACUUUCGUGUCAAAUCGAGUCGCUGAAAUUCAAGAGCUGACAUCUUCAUCAGACUGGAGGCAUAUUCCGGGAAUACACAAUCCUGCAGAUCUAGCCUCGCGAGGUCUAGACCCUAAGCUUAUUCAUGAAGCUCAUCUUUGGUGGCACGGACCUACCUUUCUUUCAAAAGAUAUGUCGGAAUGGCCACAGCAGGAGCUUGUAUUACCAUCGGAACUUCCUGAAAUAAAAACUUAUACUAAGGGCCCUAUUCUUAAAACUAAUCUUAAAACUAAAACAUGCACUAAUACUAAAAAGCAAUCUACAACUAAAACACUAACUACUACUACUUUAACUACAAGCAUGAAAAAUAGAUAUCCUUCCAGUUUAGUGAGGUUCGAGCGAUACUCGAAGCUGACUACCCUGCAAAGAAGCCUGGCUUACGUUCUACGUUUUACAUCUAAACUAAGAGGUACUAACAUAAAUACAGGUCAUCUAUCUACUGAAGAGUUACAAGAAUCUCUAAACUACUUAAUAAAACAACAUCAAAUUGAAUGCUUCUCUACGGAAAUUAAUUUAUUAAGUAAUAACAAAUGCUUACCUUCUAAAUCUCGCUUACUGUCGUUGAGACCCUUUCUAGAUGAACACGGCAUCCUUCGUGUGGGUGGCCGUAUUCAGCAGGCAUCUGAAAAUUAUGAAAAGAAACAUCCUAUAUUAUUAGAGUCAAAACAUCAUUUUACAAAUUUAUUAUUCGCUCACGAGCAUAAAAGACUAUUACAUUGUGGUCCACAGCUACUUCUAACCAAUUUGAGGCAAACUUACUGGCCUAUUGCAGGCAGACGGCUAGCUAGAAGCACCGUCAAUAGCUGUAGACUAUGCACAAUCAUAAAGGCAAAAAAUGUAAAUCCCAUCAUGGGAAACUUACCUGGUUGUAGAGUUACUCCCAACUUACCAUUUUCUGUUUCAGGCGUUGAUUUUGCUGGUCCCUUUCCGAUCCGAGACCGCCGAGGUCGCGGUUGUAAAAUUAUUAAAAGCUACUUAUGUCUUUUUGUUUGCUUCUCGACACGAGCUCUACAUUUGGAGAUUGCAUCUGAUCUUAGCACUGAAGUCUUCUUGUUAUGUUUAAAGCGUUUUAUCUCGCGUAGGGGAAAGCCUACCGAGAUUCAUUGUGAUAACGGUCGCAAUUUCGUGGGAGCAAACAAUGAUCUUAAACAAUUUUUAGAGUCAUGUAAUGAAUCAAUCUCAUCUUUCGGUGCCGACGAAGGGAUCAAAUUCAAGUUUUCGCCGGCUUACUCCCCCCACUUCGGUGGGCUUUGGGAGGCUGGUGUUAAAUCAGCAAAGUACCACCUGACUAGAAUCAUAGGAAACAAUCAUCUUACUUACGAAGAGUUAUCGACAUUAUUCGUGCAGGUCGAAGCAAUUUUAAAUUCGCGUCCCUUAACACCUCUUUCAUCGGAUCCAACCGACCUGUAUCCAUUGACUCCCGGGCACUUCCUGAUCGGUCGACCUCUUACCUCGCUGCCGUCACCAGCUCUACUGGACGUCAACCCUAAUCGUUUGAACUGUUACCAACGAAUAGAGCAAAUGAAGAACCACUUUUGGAAUAGAUGGCGUCACGAAUUCCUCUGCGAGCUACAGCAUAGAGCGAAGUGGCGCAUCAAUAAAGGCGAACUACUGCCGGGAGACAUGGUCAUCCUUAAAGAAGCUAACUUGCCUCCAUUGAAAUGGAAGAUGGGGCGAAUUCAUCAACUCUACCCAGGAAAGGAUGGGAUCGCGCGAGUCGUAGAUGUUAUGACUUCAAAGGGCAUCGUACGUCGUCCUGUUGUCAACCUCUGUCCUCUACCCGUGACUGCUGAUGGUGAAGCAUGUCCUCGAGCUACUACGGUCGUCGAGAGGGGGGAAGAUGUUGGCGCUCAAUGAAACGAGCGUGCCGUUUGCGGCGAGCGCGCUGUGAUUGUCAAUAGAGUUUGACAGAUAACAAAAAAUACUACUUCUUCAUCUUGUAACGUCGACGCAUCUUUUUUUGUUUUAAACUUUUUAUCCAACUUCUUUUGUUAUUUAAACAUCUUCAUUAGUAAAAUUACAUCUUUAAAUCGAACAACAAGCAUCUUUAUUUAAAAGUACCCGAAAAACCCACUGGAGCAGAUCGGCUAC